CCAAUGGGCGUGCUCUCCAUCCUGGAGGAGGAGAGCAUGUUCCCCAAGGCGACGGACAAGACGUUUGAGGACAAGCUGAAGACCAACCACCUCGGCAAGUCGGCCCUGUUCGUCAAGCCGAAGCCGCCCAAGCCGGGUCAGGUGGAGGCGCAUUUCGCAAUCGUCCAUUACGCCGGCACGGUGGCGUACAACUUGGCUGGCUGGCUGGAGAAGAAUAAGGACCCGCUGAACGACACCGUGGUCGACCAGUUCAAGAAGGGCAAGAACGGCCUGCUGGUGGAGAUCUUCGCUGACCACCCUGGCCAGUCUGCUCCGGCGGAGUCCGGCGGCGGCAAGGGUGGCCGCGGAAAGAAGGGUGGCGGCUUCGCGACGGUGUCUGCCAGUUACAGGGAGCAGCUGAACGGCCUGAUGAAGACGCUGCACGCGACUUCGCCUCACUUUAUCCGCUGUAUUAUCCCCAAUGAGAUGAAGGCGCCGGGCGUCAUCGACUCCCACCUGGUGAUGCACCAGCUGACCUGCAACGGCGUACUGGAAGGCAUCCGUAUCUGUCGCAAGGGCUUCCCCAACCGCAUGGUGUACCACGACUUCCGUCACCGAUACGUGAUUCUGGCACCGAAGGAGAUGAAGGCGUGCAAGGAGGGUCGGGACGCCUGCGACAAGUGCAUGACCAUAAUCCAGAUGGACCCCGACAAGUUCCGGCUGGGCCUGACGAAGGUCUUCUUCCGCGCCGGCGUGCUUGGAGACAUGGAGGAGCUGCGAGAUGACAAGCUCAACAAGAUCUUCUCCUGGAUGCAGGCGACCAUCCGCGGCUACUUCGCCCAGCGCGAGUACAAGAAGCUGCAGGAUCAGCGCGCGUCGCUGCUGAUCGUGCAGCGCGCCGUCCGCAAGUACAUGAAGAUGCAGGGCUGGGCCUGGUUCCGCCUCUGGAUCAAGGUCCGCCCCAUGCUCUACGAGACCCGCAUCGAGGAUGAGCUCAAGAGACUGGAGGAGGAGGCGGCGGCGGCCACCGCCAAGCUGGACGUGGAGCUGAAGCAGCGGAAGGACGCCGAGGAGAAGAACAUCAAGCUGCUGCAGGAGAAGAAUGAGCUGGUGUCCCGUCUUGAGUCGGAGCGCGGCUCCAUGGGCGAUGAGAUCGCCAAGCAGCAGAAGCUGCAGGCGCAGAAGGCCGACCUCGAGGCCCAGCUCAACGACGCGCAGGAGCGGCUGGCCGUCGAGGAACAGGCCCGCCAGCAGCUGGCGCAGGAAAAGAGGAAGGUGGACGGCGAGAUGGGUAGCAUGAAGAAGGACCUCGAUGACAUGCAGAACAGCGCCAAGAAGCUCGAGAGCGAGAAGACCUCCAAAGACCACCAGAUCCGCACGCUCAACGACGAGAUCGCCCAGCAGGAUGACGUCAUCAACAAGCUGAACCGCGAGAAGAAGCGCCUGCAGGAGAACCAGCAGAAGACGGCCGAGGACUUCGGCACGCAGGAGGACAAGGUGAGCCACCUGACUAAGGUCAAGGCCAAGCUGGAGCAGACGCUGGACGAGCUGGAGGACUCGCUGGAGCGCGAAAAGAAGACGCGCGCCGAGAUGGACAAAUCCAAGAGGAAGGUGGAGGGUGACCUCAAGCUGACCCAGGAGGCCGUGGCCGACCUGGAGAAGAACAAGCGCGAGCUCGAGCAGACCAUCCAGCGCAAGGACCGCGAGAUCGGCCAGCUCUCCUCCAAACUGGAGGAGGAGCAGGCGCUGGUCACGCGUCUGCAGCGCGUCAUCAAGGAGCUGCAGGGCCGCAUCGAGGAGCUGGAGGAGGAGCUGGAGGCAGAGCGCCAGGCGCGCGCCAAGGCCGAGAAGCAGCGCGCCGAUCUGGCGCGUGAGCUCGAGGAGCUGAGCGAGCGCCUGGACGAGGCAGGUGGCGCCACCGCCGCCCAGAUCGAGCUCAACAAGAAGCGCGAGACCGAGAUUGCCAAGCUGCGCCGCGACAUUGAGGAGCAGAACAUCCAGCAGGAGACGACCCUGGCUGGCCUGCGCCGCAAGCACAACGACGCCAUCACCGAGAUGGCCGAGCAGAUCGACCAGCUGAGCAAGGCCAAGGCGAAGAUUGAGAAGGAGCGCCAAGGCUACACGGCCGAGGCGCACGACGUGCGCAUGGCCAUUGAGCACAUCAACAACGAGAAGGCGACGGAGGAGAAGCAGACUAAGGGCCUGCAGGACCAGCUGACCAACCUCAACGGCAAGCUGGAGGAGGCCAACCGCACGCUGGGCGACUUCGACACGGCCAAGAAGAAGCUGUCGGUUGAAAACGCCGACCUCCUGCACCAGCUGGAGGAGGCCGAGUCGCAGGUGUCCCAGCUGCAGAAGCUGAAGGUGACGCUGCAGUCGCAGCUGGACGACUGCAACCGGCUGUGCGACGAGGAGGCGCGCGAGCGGGUCACCAUCCUGGGCAAAUAUCGCAACCUCGAGCAUGACAUCGACUCCAUGCGGGAGCAGGUGGACGAGGAGGCUGAGCUCAAGUCGGACCUGGCUCGCCAGGUGGCCAAGGCUCAGGCUGAGGCUCAGCUGUGGCGCAACAAAUACGAACAGGAAGGCAUCGCCAGGGCUGAGGAGCUGGAGGAGCAGCGCCGCAAGCUGGCCGUUCGCCUGCAGGAGGCCACCGAGCAGCUGGAGGUGCUCAACCAGAAGAACAUGAGCCUGGAGAAGAUCAAGACCCGGCUGACGGGUGAGAUCGACGAGAUGCACGUGGAGGUGGAGCGCGCGCAGCAGCUGGCUGCCCAGAUGGAGAAGAAGGCGAAGGGCUUCGACAAGAUCAUCGCCGAGUGGAAGAUGAAGGUGGACGACGUCGCUGCGGAGCUGGACGCCUCGCAGCGGGACUGCCGCAACUACAGCACCGAGCUCUUCCGCGUGCGGUCGGCGUACGAUGAGGGCGUCGAGCAGCUGGAUGCCGUGCGCCGCGAGAACAAGAGCCUGGCCGACGAGGUCAAGGACCUGAUGGACCAGAUCACCGAGGGCGGCCGCAACCUGGCCGAGGUGGAGAAGCUGCGCAAGCGGGUGGAGCAGGAGAAGGAGGAGCUGCAGUCGGCGCUGGAGGAGGCCGAGAGCGCGCUGGAGCAGGAGGAGAACAAGGUGCUGCGCGGCCAGCUGGAGCUGAGCCAGGCGCGACAGGAGAUCGAGAGGCGCAUCCAGGAGAAGGAGGAGGAGUUCGAGAACACCAGGAAGAGCCACCAACGCCAGAUGGAGUCCAUGCAGGCCUCGCUGGAGGCCGAGGCCAAGGGCCGCGCCGAGGCGAUGCGGAUGAAGAAGAAGCUGGAGACGGACAUCAACGAGCUGGAGGUGUCGGUGGAGCGGGCCAACAUCGAGACCAUGGAGAGCCAGAAGACCAUCAAGCGGGUGCAGAUGGAGCUGAAGGACGUGCAAGUGCAGCUGGAGGAGGAGGAGCGCGCGCGUGCCGAGGUGCGCGAGGCGCUGGGCAUGUCGGAGCGGCGCGCCAACGCCCUGCACGGCGAGCUGGAGGAGAGCCGGACCCUGCUGGAACAGGCCGACCGCGGCCGCCGACAGGCCGAGGCCGAGCUGGGCGACGUGCAGCAGCAGCUGACGGAGGUGUCCGCAACUACAACAGCGUUGUCUGCGCUGCGGCGUAAGCUGGAAGAGGAGGUGGGCUCCCUGCAUGUCGACCUGGACGAGAUGCUGAACGAGGCACGCACCUCCGAGGAGAAGGCCAAGAAGGCCAUGAUCGACGCCGCCAGACUGGCGGACGAGCUGCGUGCUGAGCAGGAGAACGCCCAGCAGCAGGAGCAGGCCCGCAAGUCCAUGGAGCUCACCGUCAAGGAACUGCAGAUCCGGCUGGAUGAGGCCGAGGCCAACGCUAUCAAGGCGGCCGCACGAUCAAUCGCCAAGCUGGAGGAGCGGCUGCGCGCGCUGGAGUCGGAGCUGGACCACGAGCAGCGCCGCCACAGCGAGGCCUCCAAGAACCUGCGCAAGGCCGACCGGCGCAUCAAGGAGCUGCUCUUCCAGGCGGACGAGGACAAGAAGAACCACCAGCGCAUGCAGGACCUGGUCGACUCGCUGCAGCAAAUCAAGACGUACAAGCGGCAGAUCGACGAGGCGGAGGAGAUUGCCGCCCUCAACCUCGCCAAGUACCGCAAGUGCCAGCAGGAGCUCGAGGCGUCCGAGGAGCGCUGCGACAUGGCCGAGUCGACGCUGGCCAAGUUCCGCGCCCGCGGUCGUGGCGCCUCGGUGGCGCGCGCUUCCAGCCCCGCCUACUAGAUGGCAGCCCAGUCGACCUGGCCGGGCCGGCCCGCCCCGGCCGCCCCCUG